AUGUUAUCAAGAUUAGUAAAAGAUCACCAAACACAUAUUAAUAAAUUAAAGGAAGAAAAUGAAAAUUUAAAAAAAGAAGCAAUUUCAUCAAUGGGAGAGGUCACUAAUGGGUUAGUUGAUAGUGUUAAUACAGGUGUUGCAUGUAUUUUUGCAAAUCAAAAGAAAUUAGAAACUGAAUCAAGAUUAUUACAACAAAAUACAGCUAAAUUUUCAAAACAAACUAAUCAAUGGAUUCAAUUAAUUGAAGGCUUUAAUAAUUCAUUAAAAGAAAUUGGUGAUGUUGAAAAUUGGUCAAGAAAAAUUGAAAAUGAUAUGCAUAAUAUCUCUGAUAUAAUCGAUUUCCUUUAUACAAAUACAAACCCAAUACCACAACAACAACAACAAUCACAACAACAACAAUCACCUCCAUCACAACCACAAUAA